AAGCAACGUUAGAGGGGAAGGAAAGAAGAUUCAGAAAACAAUAAUCAAAAGUAGUUUGUGCCUUUGUGAUUGCACAGUUACACUCUCUCAAUCAAACUUACUGUGUGAUCCAUGCGUUUAACCACCUUCAUCAUCACCGACACUUAUUUCAUCGCCACGUGUCAACACCAAAAUGUUCACCGCAUGCGACGGAGCCCGUACUGUUGUGGUCGCCGUCAAGAUGGAAUCUCACACUCACUCUAUACAGUUGCUUACGUGGUCGUUGGUUAAUGUCGCUCGACCUGGUGAUCUUCUUCUCGCUCUUCAUGUUCUCAGAAAUGAUGAAAUUGUGAAUCGAGAUGGAAAAUCUUCUCUGUUUUCUCUUGUCAAAGCAUUCGACUCUGUUCUUUCUGCUUAUGAAGGAUUCUGCAAUUUGAAACAGGUGGAUUUGAAGCUAAAAAUUUGCCGGGGUUCAUCAGUGAGGAGAAUUCUUGUUAGAGAAGCAAAUGAAUAUUGUGCAAGUCAUGUUAUAGUUGGAAAACCACAAGGUCUUAGUAAAAUUAGGCCAUCUAUUUCUAUAGCUAGGUACUGUGCUAAGAAGUUAUCAAAGGAUUGUUGUGUUCUUGCUGUUGAUAAUGGGAAAGUUGUGUUCAAGAGAGAUGGUUCACCGACAAAUCGAGCUGACAUAAAAGGUCGAAUUGGAUUUCUCGGUUCGAUUCAAUGGACGCUAAGCAAGAGUUCAAAAGUACUAAAUGAUGAUAUGCAUGAAAAGGGUACUAAUGAAAAGAUUUCAGAUCAGAGGUUGGUUAAUCUUUUUAUGGAUUGUAAGGAAGUCAUUGGAGGGAAGAAGAGUUUCUCGAUUUUUGAUUCGACCGCAGCGAUAUUGCCAGAGUCGUUUUGCCGUCAAGCUGCAGAUCAAGAGUCUUUUUGUGAUGGUGCCGGUAAUAGUGAGAAGUACUCAUUGGCUUUGGUGCCUGUAAAGGUCAGUGAUGCUGAUUGGAAACCUGGUUGGCCACUACUACAUAGUAAAAUUUCAUUACCAAACAGAAAAUCUUCUGAAAGAUCCUCGUUUCAUCGAAUCUCUGUGGUCCAGUGGGCGAUGCAGUUGCCCUCCAGAGAUCUUUAUUAUGCUGCAAAUGAUAAUAAAGAUCAAAUUUUGGGUCUAGAUAGCAAAAGUGGUGCUCUUGUUCCGGUGGAUACUGAAAUCGGGAUUGUUGCUUCACCUGAACACGAAUCGAGAAGCAUUCCAAAAGAAUUGGAGGGUCUUCAUGAGAAAUAUUCAUCUACUUGUAGAUUGUUUAUGUACCAAGAACUUGUAUCAGCAACAUCAAAUUUCUUGCCUGAAAAUUUGAUCGGGAAAGGAGGAAGUAGUCAGGUUUAUAGAGGCUGUCUUCCUGAUGGCAAGGAACUUGCUGUUAAGAUCUUAAAUCCUUCUGAUGAUGUUUUGAAGGAGUUUGUUUUAGAGAUUGAAAUUAUUACUGCUUUACAUCAUAAAAACAUCAUUUCCCUCCUUGGAUUCUGCUUUGAAGAUGACAAUCUUCUUUUGGUCUAUGAUUUCUUAUCAAGAGGGAGCCUUGAAGAAAACCUUCAUGGUAAUAAGAAAAAUCCACUUGUGUUUGGUUGGACUGAGAGAUAUAAGGUGGCAUUAGGUGUUGCCGAGGCUUUGGAGUAUCUGCAUAAUAAAGGCGACCAACCUGUGAUCCAUCGCGAUGUAAAAUCAUCGAAUGUGUUAUUAUCUGAGGAUUUUGAACCUCAGCUCUCUGACUUUGGACUUGCUAAAUGGGCAUCAACCUCAUCAUCACAUAUAACAUGCACAGAUGUUGCAGGAACCUUUGGUUACUUGGCUCCUGAAUACUUUAUGUAUGGUAAAGUAAAUGAUAAGAUUGAUGUCUAUGCAUUUGGUGUGGUGCUUCUUGAGCUUCUUUCAGGGAGAAAGCCUAUAAAUGGUGAUUAUCCCAAAGGUCAAGAGAGCCUUGUCAUGUGGGCAAGUCCAGUUCUAAAUAGUGGGAAGAUUUCACAAUUGUUGGAUCCUAGUUUGGAUGAUAACUAUGACCAUGAAGAGAUGGAAAGGAUGGUCUUAGCAGCCACACUUUGUAUCCAACGUGCUCCGGGAGCUAGGCCUCAAAUGAGCCUUAUCACAAAGGUCCUUAAAGGUGAUGCUGAUGUAAUAAUGUGGGCAAAAGUUGAAAUUAAUGCUUUGAAAGUACCAGAAAUGUUUGAUGAAGAAGAAGCUUGUCCACUUUCUAAGUUACAGUCACACCUUAAUCUUGCACUGCUUGAUGUUGAGGAUGACACACUCUCCUUGUGCAGUGUUGACCAAAAUGUUUCUUUGGAAGACUACCUAAGAGGCAGGUGGAGCCGCUCAUCUAGUUUUGAUUGAGCAAACUCCUAGAAUGGUAGUAGGAGAAGCUUUAUCUUUAUAUUUUUUAUUCUAAAUAAAUCUUUAGUGUAUGUGUAUUGUAUAUAUAUGUAUAAGUAUAUCAUACCAACUAUGCAUCGAGGCUAAUGGAAGGGGCUGGUCCACCAAAACGUGGUGGACUAAGGUUCGAAUUCCUGUUGGAAUAUUUUGUCUCCAAGAAAGCUUCAAAUAAGAUUAUUUUCCGGUGGAAGAGGUAUAUUAUAUUGUGUCGCUUGUUCCAUUAUCAUAAUUAGGCAUUUUCUACAGAAAUUCAUUAAUGGGGUAGGAUGAGAGCUUGUUUGUGUGUCCUCCUCGUUCCCUUCAUCCGGGAAACUAUGCCUUGUAAUUUGAAAUCUAUAUAAUCUAUUGAUCACAAUUUGUUGCAUUGGCAAAAAUAAAGGAUGAAAAAGUUGUAUUUUGGAAAAUGAACUACACUAUGUGCAUAGUGCAAUUCAACA